UCACUGGAGAGUUCCAGCACCAACGUAGCAAGUAACCUUGGAAGCUUCAUCUUGUGAUGUCAUUAUAAAUACAGGGUCUCAAGGAUUUCAUGCUAUAAGAGAACCACGUUGCUACCACGUUGCUACACAUUCUGCAAACCACAUACCAAAUUAACAUCAUCACUUUCAACCCAAACAACAUCCAGCCUUGUGUCUGGCCAAGCAAGCUACCCAAGGCAAAUAUAAACCGGCCUCGACAAGUCAUCUUGAGGUCGACGUCACUUAGAAAUUCACGACAGCACAAACAACGAACCUGCAUAUUUUCAAACCGAAAUCACACGCAUAGAGGGGCAUCAUGGCUACCUCAAACAUGCAGUUCACAGACCGGGCGAAGAAAGCCCUUGAAGACUCCAUGAUCCUGGCAGAGCAAUAUGCACACUCACAGCUAUUGCCCAUCCACCUUGCCGUCUCGCUCCUCGACCCGCUACCAGAUGAAAGCAAAGACCAGCAGCAAUCAGUCAAUGCUUCGCACGGGCCUUCACAGUCAUCAUUCUUCCGCCAGGUCGUCGAACGUGCCCAUGGCGAUCCUCAGCUCUUCGACAGAGCCCUCAAGAAGGCCCUGGUUAGACUACCUAGCCAAGACCCUCCGCCGGACCAGAUCGCGAUGUCGCCCGCCUUCAGCAAGAUUCUUAGGUCGGCAAACGAGCUGCAGAAAACUCAGAAGGAUAGCUAUAUCGCCGUCGAUCAUAUGAUCUCUGCAUUGGCACUAGACACAACCAUUCAAAAGGCAUUGAGCGAUUCGAACAUACCUAAUUCGAAGCUGGUGCAAGAUGCGGUGCAACAGAUCAGAGGCACGAAGAGAGUCGACUCGAAGUCUGCGGAUGCAGAGGAGGAGAGCGAGAACUUGAAGAAGUUUACGAUCGAUAUGACAUCUAUGGCAAGAGAGGGUAAAAUUGACCCUGUUAUUGGACGAGAAGAAGAGAUCAGACGAGUCAUUCGUAUUCUUUCAAGGAGAACGAAGAACAACCCGGUGUUGAUCGGUGAGCCUGGUGUUGGAAAGACAACUGUCGUCGAGGGCUUGGCACAGCGAAUCGUCAACCUUGAUGUGCCAGACAACCUUGCCGCUUGCAAGCUUCUAUCUCUCGAUGUCGGCUCACUGGUCGCCGGAGCCAAAUACCGUGGAGAGUUCGAGGAGAGAAUGAAGGGCGUCCUCAAGGAAAUCGAAGACUCCAAGGAGAUGAUCGUCCUAUUCGUCGACGAGAUGCAUCUUCUUAUGGGAGCCGGUGCGAGCGGCGAGGGUGGUAUGGACGCUGCCAAUUUACUCAAGCCCAUGCUUGCUCGCGGACAGCUUCAUUGUAUUGGAGCCACGACUUUGAGCGAAUACCGAAAGUACAUCGAAAAGGACGCCGCCUUCGAACGUCGUUUCCAACAAGUUAUCGUGAAGGAACCGAGUAUCCCUGAGACGAUCUCUAUUCUCAGAGGUCUCAAGGAGCGCUACGAAGUUCAUCACGGUGUCACUAUUGCCGACGCUGCUAUUGUCUCUUCCGCAACUCUUGCGGCUCGAUAUCUUACGGGCAGAAGGCUGCCAGAUUCUGCAGUUGACCUUAUUGAUGAGGCAGCUGCCGCAGUCAGAGUUGCCAGAGAGUCCCAGCCAGAAAUCAUCGAUUCUCUGGAGAGAAAGCUGAGGCAAUUGAAGAUCGAAAUUCACGCAUUAUCACGCGAGAAGGAUGAGGCAUCUAAAAUUCGGCUUGCUCAAGCAAAGCAAGAUGCAAGCAACGUCGAAGAAGAGCUCCGACCACUCCGCGACAAGUAUGAGAAUGAGAGGAAGAGAGGCAAGAGCAUUCAAGAGGCCAAGAUGAAGCUUGACCAGUUGAAGUUCAAGCAGGAAGAGGCGUCUCGCAUUGGAGAUGUCGGACGCGCAGCUGAUCUCAAGUACAACGCGAUUCCAGAGCAAGAAGACUUGAUCAAGAGUCUCGAAGAAGAAAAGAGAUUGGCUGAUGCGAGGUUGAACGAGACCUCAGCGGAUACUGGCGGAUCCAUGACCAGUGACAUCGUUGGCCCAGAUCAAAUCAAUGAGAUUGUUGCCCGAUGGACCGGCAUUCCAGUCACGAGAUUGAGGACCACUGAGAAAGACAAGCUCCUUCACAUGGAGAAGGUACUCGGCAAGAUUGUUGUUGGCCAAAAGGAGGCUGUCGGCUCUGUCUCCAACGCUAUUCGCCUCCAACGAUCAGGUCUCAGUAACCCGAACCAACCUCCCAGCUUCCUUUUCUGUGGUCCUUCUGGUACGGGUAAGACCUUACUCACCAAAGCUCUCGCCGACUUCCUAUUCGACGACCCCAAGGCUAUGAUUCGCUUCGAUAUGUCCGAAUACCAAGAACGGCACUCAUUGUCACGCAUGAUUGGUGCCCCACCAGGUUACGUCGGCCACGAUGCUGGCGGACAACUCACCGAAGCUCUACGCCGCAAGCCCUUCUCCAUUCUUUUGUUCGAUGAGGUCGAGAAGGCAGCCAAAGAAGUCCUCACGGUCCUCUUGCAGCUCAUGGAUGAUGGCCGCAUCACCGAUGGCCAAGGCCGUGUCGUCGACGCUCGCAACUGCAUCGUCGUCAUGACGUCCAACCUAGGUGCAGAGUUCCUGGCUCGCCAGAACGCGCCGAAUGGCAAGAUUGACCCAACAACAAAGGAGAUGGUCAUGCAAGCUCUGCGCAACUACUUCUUGCCAGAGUUCCUCAACCGUAUCAGCUCUAUUGUCAUCUUCAACAGGCUGACAAGACAUGAGAUCCGCAAGAUUGUAGAUGUACGCCUUGAAGAGAUACAGAAACGCCUCGAGUCCAAUGGUCGCAAUGUCACCAUCGAGGUUUCUGGUCCUGCCAAGGAUUACCUCGGAAGUGCGGGAUAUAGCCCCGCAUAUGGUGCGAGACCGUUGGCGAGACUCAUUGAGAAGGAGGUUCUCAAUAGAAUGGCAGUCUUGAUUUUGAGAGGCAGCAUUAAGGAUGGGGAGACAGCGAAGGUUGUCCUUGAAGACGGACGCCUGGAUGUGCUCCCCAACCACGGUGAUAGCAGCGAACAAGAAAGCGGGGAGGAGGAUAUGGAUUUGGAUGAUGGCGACGCAUUAGAGGCGAUUACAGGGGAGGAUAUGGAUCUUUACGACUAGAUUGUUGAGAGAGUCUCGAUAUUAUCGAACGGGUUAACGACAUUAAUAAAUUAUUCACAAUUUUUCCUCACUUCUCCUAUUAAACAAAACCGCGUGGGCGGUUGCUUGCUUUAAAUCUCAAAACACACAAAACGGGUUAACGACAUUAAUGAUUAUUAACAAA